GCAACUUGUAACCCCAAACCUUAUCUCAUCAACCUAUUCUUCUUCGUAAAGUCUCUAGAAUCAUCGAACUUUUAUAUUCUCUCUUAGUUUUCUUGAUAUACAAAGAGAUUCAUAAGAUCAUAAAAAAAAAAACUGAGAAUUUUUUUUUCUAUAAACGAGAAUUAUCUAUCUGAAACAUGAACUCAACGGCAGCUGUCGGAGACGGUGGUGUUUCAGGUGGCGCGGCGGAGUUUCUCCAGAUUAGAUUGAAUCAUAGACAUGAUCCCAAGGACAACCAGUGUUCUUCGGUUCUCGUUAAGCAUAUCAAAGCGCCUGUUCAUCUCGUUUGGUCUCUGGUGAGGAGAUUCGAUCAGCCACAGAAGUACAAGCCUUUUAUCUGCAAGUGUGUGAUGAAAGGUGACGUUGGCAUCGGCUGUGUUCGAGAGGUAGACGUUAGAUCUGGCCUCCCGGCUACAACUAGCACCGAGAGAUUGGAGUUCUUGGACGAUAACAAACACAUUCUUGGUAUCAGAAUCGUCGGUGGUGAUCACAGGCUUAAGAACUACUCAUCAGUGGUAACAGUACAUCCAGAGAUAAUAGAUGGAAGAGAGGGCACAAUGGUAAUAGAGUCAUUUGUGGUGGAUGUACCAGAAGGGAACACCAAAGACGAGACUUGUUACUUCGUGGAAGCACUUAUACGAUGCAAUCUCAAAUCUCUAUCCAGUGUUUGCGAAAGAAUGGCUGCUCAGGACAGGGCAUGAAUUAUGUACUGGUACUUAAAAGUGUUCUUCCCCAAACUGUAGGAUCGUACAGCAACAAUUUAGUAGGCGAAAUUGAUCACGUGACACACAUACUCUCUGGAUUAUAGCCAGAGACUAGUACUUAUUUGGGACAUCUCCAUGACUGAUUCUGAGUGUACUGGUUGUAUAAGUUAUAAAUUUGUGGAUCGAUAAUUUAGUAGGAAUGUGGCUUUACCUUUCAGUCAAGUUUCUAUUUGUAAAAUAUAUGGACCACCAAAAAGUGAGUUAAGAUAUAAAAAAAAAUGGUUUUUGAAAACAGAGGAAAAUUCAAAUCC